UACAAGGGCUUGGAUAUCAUCACGAACAAGGUUUCUCCCCAGGAGCAGCGUCUGUGCAGACACCACAUGAUCAGCUUUGUGGAUCCCCUUGUCUCUAACUACACAGUGGUGGAUUUCAGAGACAAAGCCGUGGCUCUGAUUGAAGAUAUCUUUGCCCGAGACAAGAUCCCAAUUGUUGUGGGAGGAACCAACUACUACAUCGAGUCCCUGCUCUGGAAGGUCCUUAUCAACACCAAGGAGAAGGCCAGCACGGCCCCUGGGCUCGUCACCGACAGGAAAAUACAGCUGGAGCAGCUGGACGGUGUCGAGCUCCAUCGCCGCCUGAGCCAGGUGGAUCCAGAGAUGGCGGCCAAGCUGCACCCCCACGACAAGCGCAAAAUGGCAAGGAGCCUCCAAGUGUUUGAAGAAACGGGGAUCCCCCAUAGUGAAAUCUUGCACCAGCAGCAGGAGGAGGAAGGUGGGGGGCCCUUAGGGGGGCCCCUGAAAUACCCACAUUCCUGCAUCUUGUGGCUCCAUGCAGACCAGGCAGCUCUGGACCAGCGGCUGGAGAAGCGGGUGGAUGACAUGCUGGCUGCGGGACUGCUGGAGGAGCUGCGGGAUUUCCACCGACGCUACAACCAAGAGAAGGUGGCUGAGAACCGGCAGGAUUACCAGCAUGGCAUCUUCCAGUCCAUUGGCUUCAAGGAGUUCCACGAGUACCUCGUCAGUGAGGGGAACUGCUCGCCCGAGACCAGCGCCCUACUGCUGCAAAAAGGGAUCGAGGCCCUGAAGCAGGUGACUAAGAGAUAUGCCCGGAGGCAGAACAAGUGGGUCCGAAACCGCUUCCUGAGACGUCCUGGACCCAAUGUGCCCCCGGUAUAUGGGUUGGAGGUGUCUGAUCUCUUGCGGUGGGAGGAGGAUGUGCUGAAACCUGCUCUGGAGAUUGUGGAGAGCUUCAUCCAGGGACGUGAGCCCCCAGCAGAGCCUGUGAAGAUGGAGUACGAUGUAAACGAGAACAAACGGAGUCAUCGCGUGUGUGAGCUCUGCGACAGAGUCAUCAUCGGGGACAGGGAGUGGGCAGCUCACACACGAUCCAAAUCCCACCUGCACCAUCUGAAGAAGAGAAGGAAGCUGGAGGCCGCCAGCCAUGCUGCAGAGACCGAGGGGGACAGUGGGGGCGCAGAGAGCUUGGGCGAGGACAGCAGCUUGCCUUUGCU